AUGGCAUCUCGGAUCCCCCCGUCUCUUGCUGGAUCUGCGCGCCGCGCUAACACCUUGAAGAUGUGGCGGCACGCGAUUGCAGUGCGCGUGGGACGCUUUAACGAGGUAGAGCAGUGCGCUGUGCGCUCCCCCCGUGCGUCGCUCGGCUUCUCCCCUCUGCGACCCAAGCCCGUGGCUAAGCCGCCCAGCAAGAAGCCCAGGCCCAGGGAUGUGAUGGGUACCGCUGCUGCUGUGAAGCCCAGAGCGGUGCACAGCGGUCAAGCGACCGUCGCAGCUGCAGCAGCCAAAGCCACGCCAGCCACCGCGACGCCAGCAAAGGCGACGCCAACAAAGGCGACGCCAGCAAAGGCGACGCCAGCUAAGGCGACGCCAGCUAAGGCGACGCCAGCUACGGCGGCACCAGCUAAGGUGACACCAGCUAAGGCGAUGCCAACUAAGGUGGCGCCAGCUAAGGUGACGCCAGCCAAGGCGUCGCCAGCUGAGGUGACCCCAGCCAAGGCGCCGCCAGCUGAGGUGACCCCAGCCAAGGCGCCGGCAGCUAAGGUGACGCGACCAACCAAGGCCGUGCUCGCUAAGGCGACAGCAGCUAAGGCGAUGAUAGAUGUGAAGGGUGCAAGUGCAGGCAACAUUUCAGCGGCAGCAGCAGCUCCGCACAUCCCAAAGGCCGGUAUUGUUGGAGCAAGUGGAAUUCCGAGACCUGCAAGCAGUGCAACAAGGAGGGCCGCAGCAGGAGUGACGUCAAGUGGUAUUCCCAAGCCAGGAAAGGUAGCAAGCAGCCAAGUGAAGGCGUGA